AAGGAGGGGAGACUGUCUCCAUUCUUUGUCUAAACCCCGCGGUACUAUACUACGCUACACUGGAGAGAAGGAUACAGCGCGUCACCGAGAAGAAAACGAAUGGCUUGAGCGGGAGUCCUUUUUAGGGGAUUAAAUAUAGAAAAAAAACCCAUUCGAAGAUAGACAAGCGGAACAGCGUCGGAGUGAAGCAGGGGAGUUAAAUCACAAGGUACUUGUUUCACACGACUUGGCAAACAAAGCGUCUCAAGGCGCUGCAGCCCUCGGUAGUAUCAACCCAACUCAAGUUUGUGCUCCAACUUUUUAUCCGGGAGACAAAUCUGGGAAAAUCGCAGCUGAUUGACAGGCAAAAUGAGCUGGAGUUUCCUCACUCGUCUUUUGGAUGAGAUUUCCAAUCACUCCACAUUUGUGGGCAAAAUCUGGCUCACCCUCCUGAUUGUGUUUCGCAUCGUGCUGACUGCCGUCGGGGGAGAGUCGAUAUACUAUGAUGAACAGAGUAAAUUUGUGUGCAACACAAAUCAGCCUGGGUGCGAGAAUGUGUGCUAUGACGCCUUUGCCCCUCUGUCGCACAUUCGCUUCUGGGUUUUCCAGGUGAUUUUAAUCACCACACCCACCAUCAUGUACCUUGGCUUUGCAAUGCAUAAGAUCGCCCGCAUGGAGGAUGUCGAUUACCGGCCCCGGGUCAGGAAGCGUAUGCCAAUCGUGAGCCGUGGUGCCAACCGGGACUACGAGGAAGCAGAGGAUAAUGGCGAGGAGGACCCAAUGAUUCUGGAAGAGAUUGAGCCAGAAAAGGAAAAGGAAGUUGAGGAGAAGCCUAGCAAAAAGCACGAUGGACGUCGUCGCAUCAAACGAGACGGCCUCAUGAAAGUGUACGUGUUUCAGCUGCUCUCACGUGCUAUUUUUGAGGUGUCUUUCUUGUUUGGACAGUAUAUCCUUUAUGGACUGGAGGUGUCUCCGUCUUAUGUAUGCACACGAGCUCCUUGCCCACACACGGUGGAUUGCUUCGUCUCACGUCCCACAGAGAAAACUAUUUUCCUGCUGAUCAUGUAUGCCGUCAGUGCCUUGUGUCUGCUCUUCACUCUGCUGGAGAUUGUUCACCUUGGCAUCAGUGGCAUUCGUGACUGCUUUUGUGCCCCCCAGUCCCGACCUCCCACCCCUCGUCACUCUGCACUGGCCAGCCAGAGAUCCUCCAUCUGCCGUCAGCCCUCUGCACCUCCAGGCUACCAUACAGCCUUGAAGAAGGACCCCUCUGGGAAAAUGGGCUUCAGGGAUAACCUUGCAGACUCUGGCCGCGAGUCGUUCGGGGACGAGGCUUCUUCAAGGGAGCUGGAGAGGCUGCGUAGACACCUGAAGCUGGCCCAGCAACAUCUGGAUCUUGCUUACCAGACGGAGGAGCUCAGCCCGUCUCGCAGCAGCAGCCCGGAAUCUAACGGCACCGCAGUUGAGCAGAACAGGCUCAACUUUGCCCAGGAGAAGCAAAGCAGCACAUGUGAUAAAGGUAUGCGUGCCUAGGUGUUGAUCAGCUCCAUUGACACUGAAACUGAAGUUGACAUCGGGAGCAGUGAAUGGACACAAGGGAAACAAACUGGAAGUGAUCAUGUGUGAAUGAGAUGGGAACAAUUUGCUUGAGGUGAAUGAAGUCAGCCCAAGCAUCUCAGUGUUAAGGCUGGUCAAGGUCUAACAAGUCGAAGGAGGAGAAAAGUGACAUUACUUGAGACAUCAGUCUAAAGAUCCAAAGUGCUUUCAAAUGACCGUUAACAUGUUCUUCUCCCUCAGGGCAGCUUCUUUCUUUUUUUAUUUUAUGAAAUCUUUGUUAUGAGACUUAGAACUUAGAGUCAGAACUUAAGAGUUGCAAUGGUUGGCUGUUCAGUCACUGCAUCUGAAGUCAGCUUUAGAACUGGAAUUCCAGGUGUUGGCAUUUGGCAAAGCCAGCUGUUUUUCAGGAACGUGUGUUGUGUGUGAAGAGUGAGUGAGUCCUGGCUAAAGAACGGUACCGGAGAAACGCUAAUGCAGAUUCUUGUCAUACACAGACUAUCAAGUGUGGUUCACUUUUAUACUGUAUGGUGCCAGCUAUGGUAACUUGAACACUCAAGGUGUCUGUCCAAAGGUAUAAACAAACCUGGGUAAUGCUUGAAAAACAUGUAACUCUUUAAUAUUGUUGUUCUCAAAGUGUUUAAAAAGUUUUUUCUAUCCGUUAAUUUUUAAUAUUGUCUUUUUUUAUUACAUUUCUAUACAUCACUGCUGUCUUAGUUCCCCAUUGCCUGAUUCACUGUGUGGAACUGGCACAGUUUGGAAAUGUUUUUGGUACAACUUUGAUUCGAGUGCAACUUGUUCGCUAUUUUUGAAGAAUUCGGUACACUUGUCUUCUCAACACUCAUUUGUGGUUUUAUUGUUUUAAGAAAAAAAGGGAUAAUUGUUAAUUUUCUGUUUCUUUAAAUAGCGUUUUGGGCUUUCGCUUAUUGAAGUGAAUGACUUGUAAACCACUCAAUCACAUCAAUGUGAAUCCAAAUGCCUUUUUUUGUGUUCUUCAGCUGCCAUCUUUUCUGUUUGAAGUAUAGCCACAAUGCCAUUUGUGCCAACUCAAAUACUGUCAUCUCAAAAUAUUUUUCAACUGUGCUUUUUGUACUUUUUUAUACUUUUUUGUAAUGAUAGUUUUUGUGAUUCGUUUUUAAAAUAAAAUUUCUACCAAGAAAAAA